AUGAAAGACAGCAAAGACGCAUCGUCGAUCGAUGGAUCGACCCCAGCCGCCAGUCACCAAGACAUUCCUCGGAUGAAUGAGGAUUUAGAGAUAUCAUCAUGGAGAAAAGAAAUUGCUGUUGAUCGAGGAUCUCCCAUCCAUGUGACCGAGGAAGAACCGGACCGCCCCAAUGCAAGCUGUCGCGAUCCCAAUGUUGUGGACUGGGACGGGCCCGAUGAUCCGGAGAAUCCACUCAACUGGAGUGCGAAGCGUAAGAUGACCGCGACAAUAUCAAUCGCCUUGAUCACUCUCCUCACACCACUCGGGUCAUCCAUGUUUGCCCCAGGUGUCAACCAACUGGCGAAGGACUUCAAAAUUGCCAGCACUGAGCUGGAUUCUUUUGUCGUUUCUGUUUAUCUCCUAGGAUACUGUUUUGGUCCCUUGCUCAUUGCGCCUAUCUCCGAGAUGUAUGGCCGGCGCAUCGUGUACAAUGUCUGCAAUCUUCUAUACGUGAUCUUCACCAUCGCCUGCGCCGUGGCGCCGGAAAUCGGGAGCCUUAUCGUCUUUCGCUUCUUCGCGGGCUUCGCCGGCGUAUGCCCUUUAACCAUCGGGGCAGGGUCCAUUGCCGACAUGUUCGUCCAGGAGAAGCGAGGUGGUGCCAUGGCGGCCUGGGCACUGGGCCCGCUGAUCGGCCCGGUCGUGGGCCCCGUGGCGGGCGGAUAUCUCACCCAGGCCAAGGGCUGGCGAUGGACCUUCUGGGUUUUAGCCAUGGCAAGCGGAGCCAUCUCGAUUAGUUCUCUGCUCACCAUCCGGGAAUCAUACGCACCUACCUUGUUGGCUGCAAAGACAAAGCGCCUGCGAAAGGAGACUGGAAAUCCCAAUUUGCGCUCCGCCCUCGACUCCGGACGGAACCCGAAAGAUCUCUUCAUGUUCUCCAUCGUCCGGCCCACCAAGAUGCUUUUUCUAUCCCCCAUCGUUUUUCUCCUCUCACUCUACGUCGGCGUGAUCUACGGAUAUCUGUACCUCCUCUUUACCACUAUCAGCUCCGUGUUCGAGGACCAGUACGGGUGGUCUCAAGGGUCUGUUGGACUGGCGUAUCUGGGCAUUGGCAUUGGCUCACUGAUUGGUCUGCUGGUGCUGGGACUGACGUCGGACCGUCUGCUGAACCAUCUCGCGGCAAAACACGGAGAGAUGAAGCCGGAAUUUAGAUUGCCACCGAUGAUUCCGGGAGCCGUUGCAGUCCCAAUCUCUUUAUUUAUCUAUGGUUGGUCCGCGUACUAUAAGGUCCAUUGGAUUGUUCCUAUCAUUGGAACUUCUUUUCUCGGCAUCGGCAUGCUGAUUUCCUUUAUGAGUAUCAGUACAUAUCUUGUCGAUGCAUAUACAGUCUACGCAGCGUCAGCCAUGGCCGCCAACACAGUUUUCCGGUCUCUUGCCGGUACAGUCCUUCCACUCGCUGGACCCGCAAUGUAUGAAAAGCUUGGGUUAGGCUGGGGGAAUUCUUUGCUCGGAUUCAUCGCCCUUGCCAUGUGUCCCCUACCCCUCAUUUUUUACGUCUACGGCGAGCGCAUUCGAACAAGCAAGAUGUUCCGAUUUGACCUUUAG